AAGUAUCCGGACUGGAAGGGGGUGAAAGUGUCCGGACUGGAAGGGGGUGAAAGUGUCCGGACUGGAAGGGAGGUGAAAGUGUCCGGACUGGAAGGGGUGAAAGUGUCCGGACUGGAAGGGGGUGAAAGUGUCCGGACUGGAAGGGAGGUGAAAGUGUCCGGACUGGAAGGGGGUGAAAGUGUCUGGACUGGAAGGGAGGUGAAAGUGUCCGGACUGGAAGGGGGUGAAAGUGUCCGGACUGGAAGGGGGUGAAAGUGUCCGGACUGGAAGGGGGUGAAAGUGUCCGGACUGGAAGGGAGGUGAAAGUGUCCGGACUGGAAGGGGGGGGAAAG